AUGCUCCGUGACCUGCUGCUGGACUCAUCGGAGGAGAUGGGUGAGUCAACGCUAGCGGCGCUUGCUGCCGAGGACUCGGAGGUCUCGGUCUCUGCGCCGCUGUUUGCCAACUCGCGGGCGGCAUCAAUGAUGAUGAGUCGCUCGAUGGCCCGCACUCUGACCUCGCCGGCCCGCACCGAGCUGAGUGUCAUGGCCGGUGCUGAUGAGACCGAGCCUGUGGGCGGGCGGACCUCGCUUCGCAAGUCGCGGCGUGUGGCCGCCGCUUCCACCGCCCGGGUCCGCGCCCGCGCUCGCGAGCAGGCCGCCGAGCAGAUCCGUGCCGCUGCCGCCGAGCGCGCUGCUCAGCGGCGGACCCGCAAGCGCAAGCGGAUUCAAAAGACUGCUGCCUUCCAGGCCGAGUGGACUGCUGCUUCCGCCGCCGAAGAAGCUCGCCUCAUCGCCGAGUUUGCCCGCGUCGAUGCCUUCGAGCUCGAGGUGGCUGUCGCCGAUCCAAUCAUCCAUGACCUCUCCUGAAGCCAUCAUUGCCAAUUGUAUUCUUCAUCGCUUUGCAUCCCGGGGUGCUGUAAAUGAGUUCCU